UGAAAAUGGUGGAAUGCUAAAACACUGGCUAAAGACUUAAACAACAUUUUGAAGUAAGCGAUGUGUUUGUCUUUUGUGUAGGUGGUCUUCCUGUGAGAUGGUCUAGCUUGAUUCAGCAAUUAUUUUUUCUUUAGACCUACGUUGCGUCACUCAGAUCAUAUUAACCGUGGUCAGCACAUGCGAGUAGCCUAACACAGACGCUGAACUAGAGGCCAAGAAUCAUUGAAGAAAAUGUUGGAAGAAUCUGGACCGAGCUGGCUAUCGGAAGAAGUCAAAACUGGGACUACGAUCAUAGGAGUUGAAUUUGAUGGAGGCAUCGUGUUAGGCUCUGACUCUCGCGUUUCUGCAGGCGCGUCAGUGGUGAACCGAGUAAUGAAUAAGCUCUCCCUCCUCCAUGAUAAGAUCUACUGUGCCCUCUCUGGAUCUGCUGCUGAUGCCCAGACCAUUGCUGAGAUUGUCAACUACCAACUGGAUGUGCACAGUGUUGAACUAGGGGAAGACCCCCUUGUUCGUUCUGCGGCUACCCUGGUGAAGAACAUCUCCUACAAGUACAAAGAGGAAUUGUCCGCACAUCUCAUUGUCGCUGGUUGGGACCUGAGAGGAGGGGGACAGGUGUAUGUGACAUUGAAUGGCCUCUUGUCUAGGCAGCCCUUUGCUGUGGGUGGCUCUGGUAGCUCAUACAUCUAUGGGUUCGUGGACGCCGAGUAUCGUAAGGGCAUGAGCCGGAGAGAGAGUCAAGAAUUUGUUGUGAAUGCUCUGACACUGGCGAUGAGUCGGGAUGGUUCCAGUGGUGGUGUGGCUUAUCUUGUCACCAUUGAUGAAGCAGGCGCGGAGGAGAAAUGCAUUCUUGGCAAUGACUUACCAAAGUUCUUUGAUCAGUAAUUGUACAAUGUGGAACUUUAACAGUUUGCUAAUAAUACCCUAUGAUGCCUGGCUAGAGAUUUUGUAUUCAAUAAACAUAUAGCCUACUUAA